UGCAGGCUGGAAGCGCAGGAGAAGCCCCUCUUUGUGCGCGGCGAUGUUGGCGAGCGGGGUUGCGCAGGGGGAGCCUGGAGACAAAGGAUACAUCUCAGGGGUCAAGGCUGAGGAAGAACCAUCUGAAGUAUCACUGGAAAAAGCUGAGGAGCAGGUGCAGGAACGGAAACUGAGGAGUCAAGAUGGAGCAAAGAGACAAAAGGAGAGACAGACUGACACAGGGGACAAACCUUAUGAAUGCUUCAAAUGUGGAAAGAGCUUCAGGUGGCAUAGCACCCUUACAGUGCAUCAAAGAAGUCACACAGGGGACAAACCUUAUAAAUGCUUGGAGUGUGGAAUGAGCUUCAGUCAGAGUAGCCACCUUACUUCGCAUCAAAGAACGCACACAGGGGACAAACCUUACCAAUGCUUCAAGUGUAGAAAGAGCUUCAGUGACAGUAGCACCCUUACUUCACAUCAAAGAAGUCACACAGGGAACAAACCUUAUCAAUGCUUGGAGUGUGGAAAGAGCUUCAGUCAGGGUAGCCACCUUACUUCGCAUCAAAGAACGCACACAGGGGACAAACCUUAUACAUGCUUGAAGUGUGGAAAGAGCUUCAGUCAGAGUAGCACCCUUAUUUCGCAUCAAAGAACUCACACAGGAGACAAACCUUAUAAAUGCUUGGAGUGUGGAAAGAGCUUUAGUCAGAGUGGCCACCUUACUUCGCAUCAAAGAAGUCACACAGGGGACAAACCUUAUAAAUGCUUGGAGUGUGGAAAGAGCUUUAGUCAGAGUGGCCACCUUACUUCGCAUCAAAGAACUCACACAAGGGACAAACCUUAUCAAUGUUUGGAGUGUGGAAAGAGCUUCAGUGACAGUAGCACCCUUGCUUCGCAUCACAAAACUCACACAGGGGAGAAACCUUUUAAAUGCUUUAAGUGUGGAAAGAGCUUUAGUCGGAGUGACCACCUUACUUCGCAUCAAAGAACUCACACCGGGGACAAACCUUAUAAAUGCUUGGAGUGUGGAAAGAGCUUCAGCUUUAGUAGCACCCUUAGUUCGCAUCAAAGAACUCACACAGGAGACAAAUCUUAUAAAUGUUUCGAGUGUGGAAAGAGCUUCAGUGACAGUAGCACCCUUGCUUCGCAUCACAAAACUCACACAGGGGAGAAACCUUAUACAUGCUUUGAGUGUGGAAAGAGCUUCAGUUGGAGUAGUAGCCUUAUUUCGCAUCAAAGAAUUCACACAGGAGACAAACCUUAUAAAUGCUUGGAGUGUGGAAAGAGCUUUAGUCAGAGUGGCCACCUUACUUCGCAUCAAAGAACUCACACAGGAGACAAACCUUAUAAAUGCUUCGAAUGUGGAAAGAGCUUCAGUGACAGUAGCACCCUUGCUUCACAUCAAAGAAGUCACACAGGGGACAAACCUUAUCAAUGCUUGGAGUGUGGAAAGAGCUUCAGCUUUAGCAGCACCCUUACUUCGCAUCAAAGAACUCACACAGGAGACAAACCUUAUCAAUGCUUUGAGUGUGGAAAGAGCUUCACUCAGAGUAGCCACCUUACUUCGCAUCAAAGAACUCACACAGGAGACAAACCUUAUAAAUGCUUGGAGUGUGGAAAGAGCUUCAGUCACAGUGGCCACCUUACUUCGCAUCAAAGAACUCACACAGGGGACAAACCUUAUAAAUGCUUGGAGUGUGGAAAGAGCUUCAGUCGAAGUAGCCACCUUACUUCACAUCAGAAAACUCACACAGGAGACAAACCUUAUAAAUGCAUCACCUGUGGAAAAAGCUUCAGGUGCAAUAGCGCCUUUAGACGACAUCAAAGAACUCACACAGGGGACAAACCUUAUAAAUGCUUGGAGUGUGGAAAGAGCUUCAGUCAGAGUGGCCACCUUUCUUUGCAUCAAAGAACUCACACCGGGGACAAACCUUAUAAAUGCUUGGAGUGUGGAAAGAGCUUCAGUCAGAGUGGCCACCUUUCUUUGCAUCAAAGAACUCACACCGGGGACAAACCUUAUAAAUGCUUGGAGUGUGGAAAGAGCUUCAGUCAGAGUUGCCACCUCACUUCACAACACAAAACUCACACCGGAGACAAACCUUAUAAAUGUUUCAAGUAUGGAAGGAGCUUCAGUCAGAGUGGCCACCUUACUUCACAUCAGAGAACUCACACAGGGGACAAAUCUUGGGAGUUGCACUCUUGGCUCAGGAGAGAGAGAACAGAGAGAAGGAAG